AUCCAACGAAACUGACUGACCCAAACUCGUCUGCAAGUAAACAAAAGUUGGGUAGUCACCCGACAGCUCUUUAACUUUUAAGUAAUUUUAGAGGUGAAGAAACAAUGGACGAGGACACCCAGUUUUCAUCUCCCAACGGUGUGCGCUGUACAGAGUCACUGUAUUCUCUGGCUGCUUGGCCACUCUCCAAAUCAAAACCACCGAGAUCCAUCGCCCCUGUAUUUCAUAGCUGUGGGCCAACCACAUGUUGAUUUUGGCUUUAUCCGCUGCUUAAAGUAAAGGCUCCAUCACCAUCAUCCCUCAAGUUUAGCCUUUGAUCCUCUUUAGACCUUUUGGUCACCUUUGAUUUCUCGCAGCAGCUGCUCCUGUUCAUAUACAGAAAUAAGCAGCGCCACUGGUUUUGGUCGGUCACUGAAUUGGAAUGGCCGUGUCAAGCUCCACUGGUCUUGUCAUCCCCUGCAAAGCUGCGGUUGCAUGGGAAGCGGGGAAACCAUUAGUGAUGCAACAGGUAGAAGUAGCUCCACCCCAAGCCAUGGAAGUGAGGAUCAAGAUCAAGUAUACCUCACUCUGUCAUACAGAUUUGUACUUUUGGGAAGCUAAGGGCCAGACACCAUUGUUUCCUCGCAUAUUCGGCCAUGAAGCUGCUGGAAUAGUUGAAAGUGUUGGAGAAGGUGUAUCAGACCUGCAGGUGGGUGAUCAUGUGCUUCCAGUAUUUACAGGGGAAUGUGGGGACUGCAGUCACUGCAAGUCAGAGGAAAGCAAUAUGUGUGACCUUCUGAGAAUAAACACCAGCAGGGGAGCCAUGCUUAGUGACGGAAAAUCUAGGUUUUCCAUCAAUGGAACUCCCAUAAAUCACUUCCUUGGCACAUCCACCUUUAGCGAAUACACAGUUGUCCAUGCAGGCUGCCUAGCAAAAAUCAAUCAGCUGGCUCCUCUGGAUAAGGUCUGCAUUCUCAGUUGUGGCAUCUCAACAGGAUUGGGUGCCACUUUGAAUGUUGCAAAACCAAAAAAUGGGUCAUCUGUUGCGGUCUUUGGGUUGGGAGCUGUUGGUCUUGCUGCUGCAGAAGGGGCAAGAAUUUCUGGGGCGUCAAGAAUUAUUGGGGUUGACUUGAACCCAACUAGGUUUGAGGAAGCUAAGAAGUUUGGGAUAACUGAAUUUGUGAACCCAAAGGACUAUGACAGACCAAUUCAAGAGGUCAUUGCGGAGAUGACAAAUGGAGGAGUUGACCGAAGUAUAGAAUGCACUGGUCACAUUGAUGCUAUGGUUUCUGCUUUUGAAUGCGUUCAUGAUGGAUGGGGAGUUGCUGUGCUUGUUGGAGUGCCCAACAAAGAUGUAGUCUUCAUGACCAAGCCUAUUAAUGUGCUCAAUGAAAGGACACUAAAAGGAACUUUCUUUGGGAACUACAAGCCUAGAACCGACCUUCCUUCUGUUGUUGAUUUGUACAUGAACAAGAAAUUGGAGUUGGAGAAGUUUAUAACCCAUCGACUCCCUUUCUCAGAAAUCAACAAGGCAUUUGAGUACAUGCUGAAGGGAGAGGGCUUGCGCUGCAUCAUUAGCAUGGAGGAGUAGGACUGAUAAUGAAGAACCAAUGAGAGAAAUAGCAUCCAAACUUCUGCCCUGUGUAAUGUACUUAAAUCUCACCAUUAUGUUUUUGAAAAAUAAAAAAAGUUCAAAGGCAAA